AUGUCGAACAUUGUAGAAAUUCCGGAUCCCCGAUCGCCUACUGUAGCUUUUGUCAGAACUCCGUUACGAGUGGUGAAAAUGAUAAUCGACGAAGAAAAUAUAUCGACAGAGACACGAAUAAACAACGAAGUAUUUGAAAACGCUUUGUCUGGAAAUCUACUGAUGUCAUCACCAAUUGUCAGUAACACUUUUGAUACAGAUGAUUCAUUCCAUUCAGCAGUUGGUGAAAAUGAUAUUGAACCUCUGAUAAGCAGUACGGACUCUAAAGGAGUGAAAGACAGUAAUAAGAAAAAUAGGAGAGCACUGGGGUGCAUUAAAAAUCGUCUGAUUGAAACACCGAAGACGGACAUGCGUCGUAAACUUUGGCGUAACAUGGAGGAUGAAAGAGUAAAAAAAGGAGUUAAUAAUGGAAUUGAAAAUACACCACCGUUACCCUUUAAGGACUUGACUGCUUCAGCUCCUCCAAAAUUAUAUAGACACCGCAAGUUUACAUAA